AGGGCCAGUGUAUAAAGUAAGAGUUACUGUGUGAAACUUAGAAAAAGAUAGUGACCGGAUCUCCAAUUUUGUUACAUAUAAAAGAGGAUUCAUUGUCACUCUCCUUGGGCUUAGAUCUCUCUCUACCGAAAAACAUGGCUUCCCUUUGGCCAAUAGCUUUGAUUUGCAUUUUCGUUUUCUCACUCUCCAUUGCUCACUCCAAAACUCUCAAGAGAGAUGUAAAAGCCUUAAAUGAAAUAAAAGCAUCACUUGGAUGGAGAGUGGUAUAUGCAUGGGUUGGGGAUGAUCCCUGUGGAGAUGGUGAUUUACCACCCUGGUCUGGUGUAACGUGUUCUACUCAAGGAGAUUAUAGAGUUGUUACUGAAUUGGAAGUUUAUGCUGUAUCAAUUGUUGGUCCUUUUCCUAUUGCUGUAACUAAUUUGUUGGAUUUAACAAGGCUGGAUCUCCAUAACAACAAGCUAACUGGCCCUCUUCCUCCCCAAAUUGGACGGCUGAGACGGCUUCGGAUGUUAAAUUUGAGGUGGAAUAAACUCCAAGAUGUCCUUCCUCCUGAGAUUGGUGAGCUGAAAAGACUAACCCAUCUGUCUCUGAGCUUUAAUAAUUUUAAGGGUGAGAUUCCUAAGGAGCUUGCCAAUCUACCUGAGCUUCACUAUCUCUACCUUCAAGAAAACCGUUUCGUUGGGCGAAUUCCACCAGAAUUGGGGACUUUACAAAACCUUCGGCACUUGGAUGUUGGUAAUAAUCAUUUGGUGGGUACCAUUAGGGAGCUUAUUCGUUUUGAAGGAGGCUUUCCAGUUCUACAUAAUUUGUACUUAAAUAACAAUUAUUUGACUGGAGGAAUUCCUGCUCAGCUGGCAAAUUUGACAAAUUUGGAAAUUUUGUACCUUUCAUGCAACAAGAUGUCUGGUGCAAUACCAUCAGCACUUGCCCAUAUUCCUAAACUGACUUAUUUGUACUUGGAUCAUAACCAGUUCUCAGGCAGGAUUCCGGAUGCAUUCUAUAAACAUCCUUUCUUGAAAGAAUUGUAUAUCGAAGGGAAUGGAUUCCGGCCAGGUGUAAACCCCAUUGGUCCUCACAAGGUGCUUGAACUUUCUGACACGGAUUUCUUGGUUUAGUCAAACUGUCAGAUGACCAAACUGCUACUGUAAAUCUGUGGCCAUUUGUUCCAAGCAAGUAUGGGACUCAUAUUUAAUAUAUUCUUUUUACUAUCCUAGAGAAAAAGGUUCUGCUAGUUAGUCAAGUCGGUGGCAUUUGCACUGUAGAUAUGGUAGACUCGUUCUUUAGCAUCAUCUGCAGCUCUAUUGUAUCAAUAUGUGGUCUUUUUCAUCAAACAGCUGAAAGCUUGAAUAUUAAGAUAGAGAAUGAUCAAACAUCACAUUUGUAUUAAUGAAAUUUGAAAUUUUGAAAAGGAGUUGUCUUAUUGUUCUUCA